GACGUCAGACGAGCUCACGGCAUAUAGUAUAACGGGUGUACAAGACAAGACGCGCGUGCUCAUUCCCUACUCCAUAGUUCCAUGUUCUGACACAUCAACAUCGCUCAGCUGUAAGGAAUAUCAAGUGAUCGAAGAGUUGCAAUCAAGGGUGACGUCGAAACAAGUUUGACAGGGGAUGGACGAUAAGGCGGAGACAGUGCGCCUGCAGCCGGUGUCCGAUUCGGCCGAGUCUUCUUCACCUAUCCCUACCAAAGCGGAAACCGAAGAAGAUUAUGAUCCACAUCUACAUCGGCAGCUUUCUAAGCCAACGAAUAAUAUCGAGACGUUAGUGCAUCUUCUGAAAUGCAGUUUAGGAACUGGUAUAUUGGCGAUGCCGCAGGCGUUCGCUCGCGCUGGACUCGUCACCGGAAUAAUAGCCACUGUGCUGGUUGGCAUACUCGUCACACAUUGCCUGCACGUACUCGUCCGGUCGCAAUAUGCGGCGUGUAAACAUCUGCGAGUGCCGCUUCUGUCGUAUCCCGAUUCUGUGGCGACGGCUCUGGGUUGCGGGCCGCAUGCACUACGUCGUUUCGCUCGCCCCGCCGCCCUGGCCGUCGACAUCUUCCUCGUUGUCUACCAGCUUGGAAUCUGCUGUGUUUACAUUGUAUUCAUAGCUGAUAAUAUCAAAAAGGUAACUGAUUCAUAUUACGUAAUGGCUCCCGAGAUUCACAUGCUAAUAAUCCUCGGUCCUCUGAUAGCGUUCAACUUGAUACCGAGUCUGAAGCUGUUGGCUCCGUUCUCCGCGCUUGCCAACGUGAUGACCUUCGUCGGUCUCGGCAUUGUCAUCUAUUACCUGGUGAUCGGAAAGAAAGCCAGUGCAAAGGACAUGCCGCUCGAUUUAUGGGGAUCAAUUGAAACAUUCCCUCUGUUCUUUGGAACGGUAUUAUUUGCACUCACUGCCGUCGGUGUUGUAAUAGCCCUGGAGAAUAAUAUGAAAACACCGAAAGCCUUCGGUAAACCAUGUGGAGUACUAAACGUCGGUAUGACCAUAAUAGUUCUGCUGUACGUAGCGGUAGGAGCUCUCGGCUACGUGUACUGCGUGUCUGAUUGCAGAGAUUCUAUAACACUUGAUCUGCCAGAGAAGGACCCAUUAGCGACAAGCGUGAUGGUGAUAUUCGCCAUUGCUAUCUUCAUAAGCUACGGCUUACAUUGCUACGUGCCAGUUGAAGUUCUAUGGAAGGGCUACUUGUUACCGAAGCUUGAGGGCUCUUCGUCGCAAAAAGUGCGACUUUACGAAUACGCAUUACGAGUUGCACUAUGUUUACUUACUUUUGUGCUGGCGGUAGCUGUACCACGGCUGGGACUGUUCAUAUCCCUAUUCGGAGCGCUUUGCCUCUCCGCGUUGGGAAUAUGUUUCCCAGCAUUGAUGGAAGUCUGCGUUACAUUCCCGCAACGAGCAAGCGCCGCGAGGAGCAUUCUAUUCGGAAAAGAUGCAAUUUUAUUCAUAAUAGGCGUUAUUGGUCUGCUCGCUGGUACAUAUACUGCUUUGGACAGUAUCAUCAGAUCAUUCUCAAGCACCGCUAACGCUUGACCUACCAGCCCUUAGUUCAGCUGUCCCCUGUUAUGUGGUGUCACGCUCUCGUUGACACAUAUCAAUUAAAUAACUUUUUAUUUGUA